CGGCAGAGCAGCGAGAAAGUGGCGCAGACUCGCAGCGCAGACCUCGCGGCGCCUAACGGCACUCCCGUACAAGCAAAAAGCGAGCCCGCCCAAGUCAGUCGGCGAGCGCUCCUCUCUCCACUGCACCAGCCAGCAGCGGCGCCGAUCGACUUCGACUCGCCGGCGGGGGCGCUAAACUUCUUUUGUAGCGGGAACGUCAAAGUUUCGUCUCGCUCAGAACAACGACUACCCCGUGCCCCGAUGCCCGCAGCGAGAAUCUGAAGGAUGAAUCUCCAUAGGCUCUCGCGGUUGACGGCAUCAACGUCGAAAGAGCAUGUGCGGCUCUGUGCCGUGCUCUCCUUGUUCUUCAUUGCAUCAUGGGCACAGAGGUCGGGGCAGUAUUCGUCAUUGUACCAAUCCCGACACCCUUCCGGCUCGUCGCGGGGCAGCCAGCCCCAGGCGUGCGAGGAGUCGAGCUGCUACCCGGCCACAGGGAACCUGCUGAUUGGCCGGGAAGACAAGCUGUCGGCCACGUCGACGUGCGGCCUCAGAGCCCCUGAAGCCUUCUGCAUCGUGAGCCACCUCAAGGAGCGCACCAAGUGCUUCCGCUGCGACUCCCGCUCCGAGGGACGCAACUACCACGGCAUUGAGAACAUUGUAUCCAGGAUUGGCGGCAAGCGGCACAAGGGAUCUUGGUGGCAGUCCGAGAACGGAGUGCAGGGCGUCUCCAUCCGCCUGGAUCUGGAAGCCGAGUUCCACUUCACCCAUCUCAUCAUCACUUUCAAAACUUUCCGACCGGCUGCCAUGCUCAUCGAACGGUCUCACGACAACGGGAACUCUUGGAGGGUGUACCAGUACUUUGCCUACGACUGCGCUGACAGCUUCCCGGGGGUGCCCACGGGGCCGCGGCGCAACAUCACGGACGUGACGUGCGAGACGCAGUACUCGGGGGUGGAGCCCUCGAGCGGCGGGGAGGUGAUCUUCCGGGUGCUGCCCCCGCACAUUCCCAUCGACAACCCGCACAGCCCGGACGUGCAGAACCUGCUCAAGAUGACCAACCUGCGCAUCAACUUCACCCGGCUGCACACGCUGGGCGACAACCUGCUCGACUCCCGGCAGGAGAUCAAGCAGAAGUACUACUACGCCGUGUACGACAUGGUCGUGCGGGGUUCCUGCUCCUGCUACGGCCACGCCAGCCGCUGCAUCCCCGAGGAAGACGACCACCGUGGGGGCCGGGACGACAUGGUCUAUGGCAAGUGCCAGUGUACGCACAACACCAAAGGACUAAACUGCGAAAGCUGUGAGGAGUUGUACAAUGACCAGCCAUGGAGACCAGCCAGCGAACACGACCCCAACCCUUGCAAGCAGUGCAACUGCAACGGCCACGCCAGCCGGUGCCACUUCGACGCAGCCGUGUGGGAACGGUCGGGGCGGGUGAGCGGCGGCGUCUGCGAUGACUGCCGGGACAACACGAUGGGGCUCAACUGCGAGCAGUGCGUGCCCUUCUACUACAAGGACCCCCAACGGGACCCCUCAGAUCCCUAUGCCUGCCAGCCUUGCGAUUGCGACCCCCGGGGCUCGCUGGACGAGGGUGUCUGUGACCCGCAAGACGACAUCCAGGCCGGCUCGGUGGCCGGCCGCUGCCACUGCAAGAAGAACGUGGAGUCUCGACGCUGCGACCGCUGCAAGAGAGGCCACUUCAACUUCCAGGCGGCAAACCCCGACGGUUGCGAACCCUGCAGCUGCCACGAACUGGGCACAGCCGGAGACGGCUGCAAUGUCUACACGGGAGAGUGCACCUGCAAGCGCAACGUCAUUGGCCGGGACUGCAACCAAUGCCUGCCCGAGUACUGGGGGCUUGGCAACGACGAAGACGGGUGCAAGCCCUGCGACUGUGACCCCGGAGGCGCCUACGAGAACAGCUGCGACGUGGUGACUGGCCAGUGCCGCUGCCGCCCCAGUGUCCAGGGUCGCCGCUGUGACCAGCCGGACACGGGCUUCUUCGUCGGCAACAUGGACUACAUGGUCUACGAGGCCGAACUGGCCAAAGCCAGCCCGGACUGCCAAGUCCUGGUGCGAGAGCCAUACGCCGAGCGGGAAGCCACCUGGACCGGUCUUGGGUUCAUGCAAGUUCACGAGGACUCCUACCUGGAGUUUGAUGUGACGGACGUUCCUACCUCUAUGGAGUACGACAUCGUCUUCCGCUACGAGCCCAAGCUGGCUCAUGGCUGGGAUGAAGCGAUUGUCACCAUCGACCGUCAGGGCCCCGUCGAUCCUUCUGGGCCAUGCGCUAACGUCAUCUCGCAGGACAACAGACAAGUGAUCAGCUUUCCUGCUAGUGACCGAUACGUGGUUGUCGCUCCGCCCGUCUGCCUGGAGAAGGGGCGUCGUUACAAGGUCCGGAUCACCUUCAAGCAAUACGACCGCAUCGUGGACACGCCGUCGGCAUCCAUUCUCAUCGACUCGAUGGUGCUCCUUCCCCACAUCAACGCCAUCCCUUUCUUCCACGGAACUCCUGCCAACGAGUACCGCAGGGAUGAGUUUGAGCGGUUCCGAUGCGGCCAGGCGUUCUACACGGUCCGCAGGGGUUCCUCCUCCGUGCCGGACAUUUGCAAGAAGUACCUCUACAGCAUUGGCUUCUACGUCUACGGAGGGGCCCACGACUGCAGGUGCGAUGCCCAGGGGUCUCACAGCAGCGUGUGCAACACCCUGGGAGGCCAGUGCCAGUGCAAAGCCAACGUGGUCGGACGCAACUGCGACCGCUGCGCCCCCGGAACCUACGGCUUCGGCCCUGGAGGAUGCAGGCCCUGUGACUGCAACGGCAUUGGGUCCCUGGACAACUUCUGCGACGCCCAGACGGGCCAGUGUAAGUGCCGCCCCAACACGUACGGGCGCCAGUGCGACGAGUGCCAGCCGGGCUACUGGAACUACCCCAACUGCCAGCGCUGCGAGUGCCACGGACACGCAGACACCUGUGACUCCCGCACGGGACACUGCAGCCACUGCCGGGACUUCACCAGUGGACCGCACUGCGACAGGUGCGAGACCGGCUUCUACGGCGACCCUCGGUACGGUGUGGACAUUCCGUGUCGCCCGUGCCCUUGCCCCGGCACCAUUGACAGCGGGGUGAACCACGCCACCAGCUGCGACCUGGAUCCCCGCACGGGCAACGUGGCCUGCCACUGCUCUCCGGGAUACGUCGGGGAGCGCUGUGACCGGUGCGCCAACAACUACUACGGGGAGCCCAACGCGCCGGGCGGGGAGUGCCGGCGCUGCGAGUGCAGCGGGAACACGGAUGACACGCAGCCGGGCAACUGUGACUCCCGCACGGGCGUGUGCCUGCGCUGCCUGUACAACACGGAGGGCCACCACUGCGAGCGCUGCAAGCCGGGCCACUACGGGGACGCCUCGCGCCAGCAGUGCCUCGAGUGCGUCUGCAACAUGCUCGGCAUGGACCACACCAGGGGAUACUGCGACGCCGUAACAGGCCAGUGUCCCUGCCUGCCAAACGUGGAGGGCCGGUCGUGCGACCGCUGUGCCCCCAACUUCUGGAAGAUUGCCAGCGGGGAAGGGUGCGAAGACUGCGGCUGCGACCCCCAGGGCUCGUACGACCUCAAGUGCAACGAAUUCGACGGGCAGUGUCCCUGCAAGCCGGGCCACGGAGGUCGCCAGUGCAACCAGUGCCAGGACCUCCACUGGGGAAACCCCAGAGUUCGUUGCUACCAGUGUGAGUGCAACGUGCCCGGGGCGGCCACGAGCCAGUGCCACCGCAACAACGGCAGCUGCGUCUGCAUCCCGGGAGUGGCGGGCGACCGGUGCCAGGAGUGUGCUCGGGGCUUCACGGGCAGGGCUCCCUACUGCGACAGCUGCGGAGAGUGCUUCGACAACUGGGACCGCAUCAUCCAGGAACUCAAGGAGGAGACGCAGCAGAUGAUCCACUCGGCGCGGCAAAUCAAGCAGCUGGGCACGGCGGGCGUGUACACGCACGAGUUUACCGAGAUGGAGGACAAGCUGCACGACGUGGAGGAGAUCCUCAACGGGGCCAACAUCACGGGCCUGGACCUCAUGGACCGGCAGUCCCUCAUCGAGGAGAUUCGGCGCAACCUGACGGAGAGCCAGCUGAAGCUGGACGAGGUGGACCAGCAGGCCCAGAACGUGACCCAGCGCACCUUUGCGGCCAACCUGGCCCUGUCCGACAUCCACGAGCGGGCCCAGAAGCUGGGCCAGGACGCCAAGGCGCUCAGGGACAACACCACCGCCCUGCAGGAAGCCAACGUCGAAGGGGCACUGAACAUCACCCGGGAGGCUCAGAAGCGGUCGCAGCUAGCGGUGGCACGAGCCAGGGGUGCCCAAGACGACGUGAUGAAGUCGGAGAUGACGAGACGCGUCACUGAGCGCAUGUUGGAGAGUGCCGCCAGCCGAUACAAUGACACCUAUCAGGAGAAUGAAGCAGCACUACGAAAGCUUCAAGAACAGGUGGCCGACCUCGAAGACCAAAUCUCGGACGUGAAUGAGCUGGUGUGCUACAAGCGAGGCACCGUCGAGCGCUGCGACCCCGUGUGUGGCGGUGCGGGGUGCAACAGCUGCGGAGGUCUGGGCUGCGAGGAUGGAUCGGUGACACGCGCCAACAACACCCUGGCCAUGGCACAGGAAACCAACGAACUUCUCGCCAAAAAGGAAUCCGAUGCACGCACUCUCUUUGCAGCGGUGGGCAAAGCCCAGAAGGAGUCGCAGCGGGCGCUGGAUGAGGCCAAGAAGGCCUUUGAGCGUGCUCAGACAGCAAAGAACCAGUCGGAGGACGUGAGCAGCGACCUUCAGGACUUGUUGGACCGCAUCGACAAGUUCCUCAACGAGGCCGGAGCCAGGCCGGCCGAGAUCCGUGUUUUGGCCGAAGAGUGCACCGGCCUGUCCAUUUCGCUGGAGCCAGAGCAGAUUCGUGAACUGGCACGGGAGAUCAACCAAACCAUCGCCAGCCUCACCGACAUUGACGCCAUUCUGCGAGAGACCGGCCCUGACCUGGCUUUGGCUAAAGAGCUCAAGGCACGAGCUGACUUGGCGAGGGACAAAGCGAACAAGAUCUUGGACACCGCCAAGAAGGUGCUGCAGAACCUGAAUGACGCGGAGCAAGCUCAGGACCGUGCCAAGCAAGCCAUCGAGAAGGCCAGGGACAACAUCGAAGCGGCCGAAAAAGACCUCGAUCAGAUCGAAGAUGCCACAGCCAGUGCCCAGGGAGUUGCCAACCGGUCUCUGGAUCAGGUGGGCCACCUGCAAGACCGGCUAGCCGAGCUCAAGAAGAAGUACUCCCAGAACAACCUGGACGCACGCAAGGCCGUCAACGAGGCCAAGGCGGCCGACCGCCAGGCCGAACAAGCUCAGCAGGAAGCGGAAGAGCUGGAAGAGCAGUACAAGAGGGCGAUGGCCGACCUGAGUGGGAAGUCUGCCGCCAGCGGGGACAUGAAGGACCGGGCCGAGAAGCUGCGCGAACGCGCUCGCAAGCUGGCCGAAGGUGUCAACUCCAAGACAACAAUGCUCCAAGGCAUGGAGGACGAGUUUGACGACAACGAGCGGAGGCUGAAGGACUACUCGCAGAUCUUGGAACAGCUGAACCGGGAGAUGACGGGCUACCUGGACCUGAUUGAGCGGCGGUCCACCCACUACCGCGAGUGCCAGAACUAACCGCAUCGCGCUCUCUCCGCGGGGGAAGUCCGAGACGCCCUUCGUCCUCGCGUUUCUCGUGCACGGCGAGGCAGCGUACUUGGCUUCUAACCGGCUCCCGGGCCGGCUGCCAUGGGGAGCCGUAGCCGACGGCCGUCUGCCAUUCGGAACGUACGCCACGGCUUCGAGGCGAGGGCGGUGACACCGCCACGCCGGUUAACGGCUGUUAGAUUGCAGCUAAUCUGCGAACACCGUGCCAAAUUGUUUCGCUCGUUCAGAUUUGUAACCUCAGUUACGGUGUGGAAGAUGCCGCUUUCAUAAUGUGUUUCGAACUUCUGCAGAGUCUGUUCUCUAGGGUGAAGGCUGAACACGACAGUAGUUUCCACAAACGACAAGACCACCCUGUUAUUUCUUUACGUUAGUGAGAAUGAAGCCUUGUUAGGGUACGCUAGAAACCUCUUCUAAAAGUCAGUUUAGCUCUUUGUUCCUGCUCAACAAACCCACGUCUCUAAUAACCGAGUAGCAUCUGCUAGCUUUCGGUCAAAUAGAACGUUUCGUUCCACAAAUUGGAGACAUUGACUCGAUGCAAACAGUUUUUCUGGUGUAUCAUUUGAGCAAGUACCCACCAGAAUACGUUUGUCUAACGGAACCGGACCACAAGUUCCAGCUUGUGGCAGAUCGGCCAAAUUCAUUCACAAACGCAAAACUUGGAUGCUCGAUUUUCGCGUUUUUUUUGCUUCUUGCCGUUGUACGGAAAAGUCGAAGUUCCUGGGACAGCCACUAGAUCGACAGUUCAUUCUAGAGAAGGGACCAAUUGUGUUGUUUUGUCUCAAAAAUUCCUUCGCUUCCUCGGGCAGGAUGCAAUACAGGGUGUCGCGUCUCAAAAUGCAUGUUUGAAAAAAAAAAAAAAAAAUGUUAACAUUAACAAGUUACGGUUGUCCACUAUGACAGCUCCAUGGCAGCGGGCAAUUGCGGAGUCGUUCAUGCCUGCUUACUAACAGUUCGUUGGCUGUGAAACACAGGCACAAAUAAAAUAAGCAUUGAUUAUCGAGUGGGAGUGCGACCGUGCUAAAACGGUCGUUCGUGGUAUAUUGCGCGUGGGUUUUAUUUUGGGGGGGCCUUUAGUCAUGUCUGUGCCACUGCCAUUCAUAACUGCGGACCAGAUUUCUUAAUUUUUUUUUUGUUAUGCACGUCCCCCUCCCUCGUCCUAUUUAAUGCCAGCUUUAGUGUGCACAUGUUAUGUCGUAUACGUGUUUCGUCACUUUGCCCCCCUCAUUCUGUCGUAGACGUUUGCUCAGCUCGGGAACAUUUAUGGUCGUGCCACCGACGCAUUGGCGCGAUUACGCGGGCAGACGGCACAAACCUUCUGUCCGUGCUCUCGCCAAGUCCUCGACAAAGUGCGUGCACGGCGUUGGUCGAAACUUGCGACAACAGUCUCCCGAUGUCUCAUCUUCGGACCACCAAAUGUGCCUUAGUUUGUUGCUCUGUGUUGGAGAGUAAAAUCGUGUAUGGAAAUGUAAAA